AUGCCAUCAGGCCUUGCGCCACAUCAAGUAUACUCUGAGGAGCUUGCCGCUACGUUCAGGAGGGGGCACCCGAUUGCCGUUCCGCACCCUGGGCUCAGAGAUGGUCGACUCGAACGGGCAAUUGACAUUGGCGAUGUCGGUUAUAUUCAUCCAUCUGGUGGCGACUUCGUGAGGCUGUUCAACGUACACCUCGAACCUGGCGUCGGAGGGCAACCUCCGGCGGACAACCUUCCCGAUGGAUUCAGUUGCUUGCCUCUACGAGACGUCAGACGCGUGCCCAGCAACACUCAGAUAUGGCUUUCUACGAGUGUCACUCGAAAGCGCUUGGGGGUGGACGCUACAGGGCCAUUCUUCGGUGGAUCGGUCGAGUUCGAGUCAAGCAAUGACCGUGGCGCAAUCUUGGUCACUCCAGAUCCUAUUGAGUGGGUCGACGCUCUUCACAUUCUGAGCUAUAAGGAGUACACGCAGGCCAACAUCGAAAACUGGCUACGAUUCGCUAGGGAUUGUGGUCACGACCUUUCACUCGAGGAUAUCGUGCUCAUCACUGGAGUCGAUCUUACAACGUCAUGGGCGACAGCCGUCUUCACGAAUACAAGACUUGAGGCCGGUUUCGGACUUGAGAUACAGUUCGCUGGAACGGGCGCAGGUUCGAAACUUGCUUGCCAGUAUGCCUGGCAAAGUACUUCGAGUGCCCUGGUGAACUCCGGGCCGAUUCGCAUCCAGCCGUCUCCGGGCAGUCAUGCCAUUCCCAUAUCACUGGUGUCAGCAACUGGGACAGUAAGCUCCGGCGUAUCUGUCGGCAACAACGCUGAACGUCAGCCCAUCAACACGAGGCGCGACCAAGCGCUUUUCAUCCGGCACAUCCGGGCGAAGCGCCGCCGUCCUUGGCGCGGCCUAAAGAUGGAAGCGAGAGGUGGAUCCUAUGACCCGGAGCACACGGACGGGGACUCAGAUGACGAGGACUCGAAGGCGACCACGGGCGACGCUGUCAUCGUCAGCGAUUCAGAGCGUUCAGAACUCACCGAUUGCCUCGAUCCGGUACUCGACCUCAUCUUAAAAAAAUCCGACGCAAACAUUGCUAUCGCUCACGACGAGGAUCUGGACAUCCUUCCUAUCUUGAGAUCAUCACUGCCGCCUUAUAACGGUAUCGUGAUCCAAGGCGGCAUAGGGUUCUAUCAUAGUGAUGCUGGUGGAACGCCGUCGACAUUCCAACUGCAAUGGAGGAGCAAUCCAGAUUCUCUCCCCGUACCGCUGGAAUGGCCACACGUGACCUACGACAGCAAAAGUCUUAUCUCACUUAGACAAGACUCUGCAGAAUCAGAGCGGAAAAUCGAGGCUACAGCUGGGCCCGCUGAAUCUAGCAGAUUGCUGCCGACCCCAAGAGUACGUUCGCCUCUGCAGACCGAACGUUCACGUAGGCGGGCGAUAGCCUCCUGUGUACCGUGUAGGAUAAGGCGCGUACGCUGUAUUUAUUCGGCGUCAUCGGAUGGCAGUCCCCUGCGUUGUCAACGGUGCCGCGAGCGAGGCCUUGACUGUAGUUUCGAGUCCAUGCCUGUGAUAUCGUCGCCACAAUCGCCUACUCAGCUCUUUCAGACUUCUGUUUCGUCUGAGAAACACAGUGUGAAUUCGCCAUCUAUGCCAGUCCGGGAGCGUCUGGACCCUACGACACACGAGACACAAACGUACCACGAUUCCCCCUCAAACACUUCCCCAAAUCCACCUAUCGGCCCAAACGAUGCUCUUAGUGUUGGACCAAUGCGCGAUGACCUGGUAUAA